CCGCCGAAGGCUGUGCCACCUGGCGGCGGUGUCCGGCCUUAGCACCUUCCCAGUCCAGGCUCCUUUCCGGGCUGAGUAUUCCGAAAAGAGGCGCUCUGGCGUUCGACGCGGUGGGUGCUUUCCCAGGAGGAAGAAACUUCACACCGGUAGCUGCAGGGCAGUAACCGCGCGUGCGGGUGUCAACACGCAGAAGACGUCGGGGCGGGGCGCGGCGGCAAGGCCGGGGGUCUCCGGAACCCGAGCCGGGCCGAGGCCGGCCUGGGCCGCGCGGCGGGACCCGCAAAGCAGGACGCGGCCAGGCGCGGCGAGGACGGCGUCGUUUGCGAGGUCGCGCGACCUGGGCGGGCCUCUGCGCUCAGGCGCAGGUUUGCACCCGCCCCGCCGCAGACCCGCUCCGUCCCGCAGGUCCUCCCGUAGCCUCCCGGGUUGGAGCAACGACCGCCCCUCGUCCUCGGCGGCUCCCGCGCUGCGGGCCGGGCAGGGUUACACGUUAUGAAACGCCUGCGGAGCACGAAGCCCGGGAGCGCACCCAGUGCGCUCGGGCACAUGCAGAGAAAGGGCGGAGGACUGGCUUGUCCGAUUCCUGCGUGUGUGUGUGUGUGUGUGUGUGUGCGUGUGCGUGUGUGUGACUGGAAAUGGAAACCAGCGGCUUCACCCUGGACCUCCUUCCCGCCCUGUCCCCUCCUUCUUAGGGUCUCCGAAUUGCCCAGGCGGGACUCGGUCCUCGGCCUCCCGCAGUGCGGGGAUUGCGCGUGAGGUUCUUAAUCGCCUAGGAAGCCGCAGACGCGCUGUUGGGGCUGUCGCCAGCCCGUGCGGGGCCGUGGUGUGUUCUCAUGCGAUUAGCCGUACCCUCGCGGAGACCGUCGGGAGGCUAUUUCCAAUGAGGAGCGCUAUUGAUUUCUGACAAGAGUCCAGCUGUAAUAAGCCUGUGCAUUAAACUUCAGUUGGCAGCGAUGCCAUGGACGCGCUUAGGCGGCCUGUCGGAGCCGGGCUCGGAGGGUGCCGGCCUGCCCUCGGGGGUCCUCGGCACCGGCCCGGAGAGGGGCGGAGGCAGGAAGCGCCCCGGGGCGCGG